CAGUCAGCUUUGAGACGCAGCAGCCGAAAGACGAAAAUUUCGUAAAGAAAAUAACAACAAAAAAGCAAAACAAAAAAUUCCUUAAAAGAGCAGCAAAGAUAAUGCGAAGUCGCACCGAACUGGUGACCACAACGUUUGAGGAAAGCGAUGAAGAGGACUUUAGUCCUUUAGAUGAUUCCGAUUCCGAGGAGGAUUGGCGCCCCAACAAGAAGCGACAACGUCCACCACCGAAGCAACAAUCACGCGAGGGUGGAGGACGCAAACGUAGAGCGCCAACAGCUUCCAAAUUGGCCAAACGUCGCCUGACCAAAGUCAGCGAUGACAACGAUGAUUCCGACAAUGAUGAUGACCCAGAUACCGAGGAGCUCUCCGAUGACGAUUUUGAGUAUCCAGCGGCGAGCACUUCGUCAUCCUCAUCGUCAAAGCGACCGCAAAGUUUGCCGCCUAAAAAGCAAUUUGUGAAACUCCAACAAUUGGAUUUAUUAAUCAAAAAGAAUGAUCUAAUCGAUAAGGAUUGGUUAAAGAAUCAGCGCUUGUGCCUGUGGCGCAAGGAUGAGCAAACGAAUCUAUUACAAAAAUAUUUGAGAGUUAAGACAACACCAGAAGAGGGUAAACCGGAGGAGGAGCAAUUGCUAUUUACAUCAAGUUCGGUGUAUUCGAGUUGGGAUGAUCAACAGAUAAGUGAUUUUAUUAAUGUAAAAGCUAAUUGCUUGGAUCCAAAUAAUCGACGUAUAAAACUGGAUGAUUUGCAGGCUGUAAAGAAAAUCUCUUUGGAGCUACAAACGGAGGAGACUGACAAAUCAUCAGCAGCCGGUGAUGAGAAUAACGAAGUCGAGAAUGAUGUAGAAGAGAAGGAAACCACGGCUGAUGAUGACGAUGAUGAUGAUGACGAUGAUGAUGAUGACGUCGAUGAUGAGGACGAUAAUGAUGACGAUGACGAUGAAGAUGAGGCUUGA